AUGACUGCUCAGUUCUGGCAUGACAAUUGGACAGGUUUAGGUCCUCUUAUUGAACUCUCUGGUCUUGAUGGUCCUCGUUGCACCGGCCUACCUUCUCAAGCGGUUGUAGCGGAUGCAAUUCGCGAUGGGAAUUGGUGGCUUCAUCGCUCACGAAGCCGUAACCCAAUUAAUUCUCUGGUCUGCCAAUGCCUGCCAGAUCCUCACCCCAUUGCAACAGCUGAGGAGGAUGACGCUUACUUAUGGAAAAUUGGCUCCAAUGGAGUUCCUAGAGACGGUUUGGUUCUCUGGAAGAAUUCCAAAGCACUCGUUCAUCUGUUGGGUUGCAGCCCGUGA